AUGGCUUCACAUCCCCCUGGAUCUUGCUGCACAGUCGGCUUCAAGCACGAAGGCACACCUCAAGGGAAAUCCAUCAGAGUCGCCGGAAAGUAUGAUGCCUAUCUCGCGACUCCCCCUCCCGAGAUUGCGCACAAGGACGUAGCCAUCCUGUAUUUACCAGAUAUUAUCGGUGUCUGGCAAAAUAGCAGGCUGCUCGCGGACGAAUUCGCCGCGAAAGGCUACCUGACUUUGCUAGUUGACACCUUCAACGGCGACCCGCUCACUUUGCAGAAAGCCCACUCGCCAGGUUACAACAUCCUGGAGUGGGUGGCCCAUGGCAGUGACGGGAAGAACCCACAUGACGAUGCUGCCGUGGAUCCGAUUGUCGUGAACACCAUCAAGUUCUUGAAGGAGGAGUACGGUGUCAAAAAGAUUGGCUGUGCUGGCUACUGCUUCGGCGCCAAAUACCUCGUUCGCCAUUACACUGAUGGAAUUGAUGUCGGUUAUGUCGCCCACCCCAGCUUCAUGGGUGAAGAUGAGCUUGCGGCUCUCGGUGGACCUCUAGCCAUCGCUGCCGCUGAAGUGGACCCCAUCUUCCCGGAUGAGAGGCGCUACAAGACCGAGGAGAUCCUUAAGACGACCAAGCAGCCCUGGCAAAUUUUCUUUUACUCUGGCACCGAACAUGGUUUCGCCGUUCGGUGCGACUUGAACGACAAGGUUCAGAAGUUCGCGAAGGAGCAGGCUUUCUGGCAGGCUGUUGCGUGGUUCGACCACUACCUCUUGGAGCAGUAG